AUGUAUCUAACUAACAUAUUUAUCACAUUGUUUUGUCUAUUCACAUCAUUGGUUCAUUGUAUACCCACGUCACCAAUUCCACAAGGUGCGGAACUCUCUAUAAGAGAAGAAUUGGAUCAACUCGUUGAAUCGAAUUGGGAUUCAAACGAUGCUAGUUUAUACUAUGACUUGAUAGAUAUGUUUAGCGAUGAAGAUUUACUUCACAAAAGAGAAGACGACGAUGACAAUCUUCAAAAUACAAUCAACUAUGUCCUUGAAAAACUCAAUUCAUCAGGUAUCAUUUGGGAAUUAUUGGAUGCUAUUGCUGACCAUCCAGAAAGAAUUGACUACUUGGCUAACUUGACUUCAUCUUUACUUGGUGGUAUGAAUAUUACCAUUAACGUUGGCGAUAUCUUGAGCGGCGAUAGUGCUUUGUCUUCAUUGACUCAAUUCAUCAAUGUCACUGCUAUUGUUGAUGCGGUUAUGGAUAGUGGAUUGGUUACUUCAUUGGCAGAUGGUCUUUUGUUGGAUUCUAAUUUUAGACCAAGAUUGGCUGAUAUCAUUAAUAGAGUUGUGUGGUCACAGAGAGAUGUGUUGUUAUACAUUUUCGGCUCAGUUUUCCAAAAGAGAGAUCAUUUGUUUAGAAGAGCAGAAGUUGAUGAUCAAGAUAUUAGUGUUUGGCUGAGUUUGCUUAGAGCUGCUGAAGGUGAAGUUUCUGGAUCUACAACAACUACUAGUUCAGCAACAGCAAAUCCUUCUUCGUUUACAAUUGAUCCAAAUGUUUUGUCAUCAAUCUUGAACUUGAAUUCUCAGGUCGCCCAAACACAAUCAUCUAGCUCCUCUACUCAAAGAGCAACUUCAUCGGCCUCAAGAGCAACUUCAUCGGCCUCAAGAGCAACUUCAUCAGCUUCAAGAUCCACUAAUUCAGCAUUAGUUGCUUCAGCUUCAUCUGCUUUAUCUGCUUUGGCUUCCCCAUCAACAACUAGAUCAUCUAGUUCAAACUCGAGCACUACUUCUUCCUCAUCACGUGCGGUUGCAACAACUACUUCUUCACGUUCAACUUCAUCAAGUUCAAGUGAAUAUAGUGGAAGUUUGGGUGAAUUUGUUGAAAAUGCAGCCGGAACCGUUUUGGGAUCAAAUAUUGUUGGUACUGUCGCAACUGAUGUUUUAAAUGCUUUAAAUGAUACCGGUUUUGCUGUUUACUUUGUCAAGAGAUUUUUGUCUGAUGAUGCAUAUGUCAAUAUGACAGCAGCACUCGCCAAUUCGUUGUUGUCUUCUGGUACUAUCAGUAUCGACUUGAGUAGUGUUAAUGUUACCAGUCUCAUUGAUCAAGUUUUGGGUGAUCCAUCUACAAUUAUUGGUGCUGUCAGUGGUUUAUUGAGUGGUAACUCGAGUGCCCUCUCUGGCACUUUGGGUAAAUACUCUGGUGCUAUUCAAUCCCUUAUUGGUGACAUUGAAGCUACUGGUUUAUUUGCUAGAUUGAAUAAUUAUAUCUUUGGUGACUCAAGUAGUAGCAGCACAGCCACCCAAACCUCACCCACCCAAACCUCAGCCAGAUCUACAUCAUCAAGUGCUAGAAGAGAGGUUGUUUCCGCUAGUGCCACUACAACUUCCAAAUCGUCUGUUGAAAAGAAAUUAGAAACUAGUGUUGUUGCCAGUGUGUCACCCACAAAUAGUGCUGUUUCUCGUUCGUCAAACAGCUCCAAUGAUGCAUCGGGUGUAGCUGGGAAUGCAUUCACCAUGAAGGCAUUGUUCUUUACUCAGGCUGUUUUACUCAUUGGUGUUUUUGCUUUCUGA